GAGGAGUCAGUAUAUUUUCUCAGUUACAAACAGUGAGCAUUCAGUGUGUUGAGAGCUUUGAGGAAGAAAGGACAACGGAUUAACUUUGUGGUUUACACACAAUACUGAAAGACUGCAAGAGGAUACUGGACAGAGACUUUAGGAAAUCUUACUGAAGAAACGGAGAUGGCUGUGAGUUCAUUUCAUCGUGGACAAUGGGCUUCCAAGUCCUUACGUGUAACAGCAAAGGAACUCUCUAUUGUUAAUGUGCGUGGUAAAAACACAGCCAUCGCCGAGAGAUUUUCCAAGUAUCAGAGGGCUGCAGAGGAGUCCAGUUUAGACAAGAAAAAAUCUCCGGAGAAAUCGACUCCCCCCUUGCGCAACGGCAAUCUGAACGUCCUGAAGCAGCUGUGGGAGCAGCCGUCUGCCGUCACCACCGAAACGCAGUCCAGACCUCAGGAGACCCAGCGGCAUCAUUUCACAACCACUUCAGCGGUGAAUUCCUCAGAUCAAUUGAACGCGAGGAACCGAGAGCCUUCAGAUCUCAACACAGAGCCUUCAACUGACUCGGUUUACAACUCAUCUGAGCCCCUGUUAGAAAACGACAGUGAACAGAUGAUGGAGAAGUGGAUGAAUAGAGAUGUGGAGACUCCAGUGGUGUCCAGCAAACCCAUUGAGAAGCCAGCCGUGCCUCUUAACAGCCUGAAGAUGAUGUUUGAGAAAGGGGAAGCCCACCAGAACAAAGUGUCCAAAGAGCCUGGAGACGACAGCUUUGACAGUAUGGAAUCAAGAGACAAAGAAAUGUUCGAGUCCGAAGCCAAAAUGGUGGAGUCUACCCCUCUCAGGGACCGGAUGGCCAUUUACCAGGCAGCUGUGACCAAACUUGAUCUCUCUUCCUCCCCCACGAAUGAACCGGCAGACGGUGAAGUCCGCGCUCACGGCGGGAAACAGAAGGAAAAUGUGCCACCGAUCUUUACCGAUGUGGCCUCUGAAUCCAACACUGUGAAAAGUCCCACUACAGACAAAAAUGGUUCUGUCGUGAGUCCCGAACAAAACCAGCCUAAAGCUGUUAGGAAGUUUCGUUUGCCUGCUCGUGAAACCUGCGUGACGUGCCUUAAGACUGUGUACCCUCUUGAAAAACUUGUAGCCAACCAGCAGAUUUACCACAACACCUGCUUUCGCUGUGCCUACUGUAACACUAAACUCAGUCUGGUGAACUACGCCUCUUUGCACAACAACGUCUACUGUAAGCCACACUUCUGCCAGCUGUUCAAAGCCAAGGGGAACUACGAUGAAGGUUUCGGACACCGACCCCAUAAGGAGCUUUGGGAGGUUAAAGGCGAAGGACCUGAUGAGCCGGAAAAGUUGGCGUCGUCUCCCGAAACCACCUUGGUAGAGGAGUCUCCCUUGGUUAAAGUUAACGUUCUCACGGCCAGUCUGGAGACACGUGCCCAGGCCGCCUCCGAGAGGUCGGAUAAGCCGCUGGAGAUGGGACGGCUGAAAAUAUCCUGGCCUCCGCAGACGGAUGGGGAAAGCACGGGCCAAGUCUCCGGGCCUGCCGAUGCUGUCAAACCCAUUCGCCCGAAAUGGCCUCCAGAGGGCGACAGCGUAUUAAGCAACACGGAAAUCUCAGAUCUUCCAAAGAUUCGCAGGAGCGUCUCUCUUAAAGAAAGAAGCAAACCUUUUUCAAUCUUCAGCACUGCUUCUGUACCGGUGACUCCAUCCCCAAAAUCUCCAUCAAAUGAAAAGAAAGACGCAGAGGAACUGUCACCCGUUUCUUCAACCACAGACACUGUCAUCUCUUCAGAGGACAUGACUGAAUUUAACCAAUCAGAAGAGGAGGAAGAAAGCGGACAGGAAGUCACAGGAGGGCAAGAUGACGAGGAAAGUAUGGAACACGAGGAAGUGUGUAAUCUUUCCAGCCCCGUGUCGACUCCCCAGAGUGAAUCCGGAUCGGAUUCCCAGCUGAAACAGGCCUCUCAGGAUGUGGGCUUUUGGGAUGGAGAGGAGGCCGAGGAAGAUGGAGCUGAUGUUUCUGUGGAGGACCUCAUCAAGAGAAACCGUAAUUACGAUGAGGAAGAGGAAGAUGAUGUGGUCUGAAAAAAAAGCUGUUUUCCUUCUUUAGAAGCGCAGGUAUAUUUUUUUGUUUUCAUUGUGCGUCUCUGUCCUAUGUGCAAUCUUUGUUUUCUUCAUGUGCCUAUAAAUGUAUGUAAAUAAACGGCUUGGUCCUUUCUCGAGGCAAUACAGUGGCUUUUUGGGCAUAUCCUCUAAAGUGUAGUUUUAUGACCUUUUAUUCAUUUGGUACUUUUUCUAUAUACUUUUAUACAUUGUAGAUUCUUUUAUGCUGCUGAUACUCAUUUACUGAAGACAUUUUUUGUUUUUUAAACGCUUUUUCACAAUGCUUAUCCUAGAAAGAACUUUCAGUUUACACCGAUGUUAUUGGGGACAAGCGGGCUAUGAUGACUGCUGUAAUGCACUUGGGAUUUGCUUUUGUAUGUUAAACACCUCCUGGCUGUACCACUUUUGAUUGGAUUGGCAAUUUUUGAAUGUUUAUUGCGAAAUGAUAUUUAAUUGUGUUUUAAAUGUUAUUUUUAUCAUGGGACCAAAUAUCUGGAAAGCUUUUUCAAAUAAAUGUACCGUGCCAGAAA